AUGAAAGUCGUCGAUGAAUAUAUUCAAAACGCAUGAAAGGCUAUUUGUAAAGAGGAACUUUAUCUUUCCAUAGAUAUGAUAAAUUAUUUUAAGAGGGUUAAACACAGAAGAUAUGGCUUAAAAGAAUAUAAUCUGUCACUUAAUAAUAUUAUCAAAGCUUUAAAAAAUUCAUUCCAAAGGUCUAAACAGAAAGCUAUAAAUGAAAAAUAUGCAAAAACCAAUAUUAAUUAA